CGCAACAUCAACACCAGAAACAAACCACCACCAUUAUCACUUCUUCUCCGUUUAGUGUCUAAUGCGACCUACCUACACAGCCCUUUACAUCGCGCUUCUCAUUUUGAAACAUCCCAGCAAAUGUCGCAUCUAAGCAUGUCCUCCUCGUUUGAUCCUUCGCUCUCGACAAGUGGUAUGCGGCCGCCUCUGGCCUCGGCGACAGCACCUUCAAUGGCGGACUCGCUUCCCAGUAUCAAUUUUGGAUUCGAAGAUUUGCGCAGCCGCAUGGCGCAGUUCACCGCUCAGUUUGAUGCGUUUAUUGAACGUGGCAGGAAGCAGGUCUUGGAAGAAAGGAAUCAGUUCAAGAGCGGUUUAGCUGAAUUACAAGAGGAUGAGCGUAUGAGACAACGAGAUAUUGAAAUUCUCAACCUCAAAUCACAAACACACGAACAGACCCUUCAGAAAGAGGCCGCUGAAGCCGCUGAGAUGCAUGCUGCUGUUUCAUCUGUGAUAUUAGAGCGUGACUCGCGUCUUGCAAAGCGUGAUCGGCUCAAGCAACAAAUUGAAGAGACACAAAAGGCCAUCAACCAAAAACUGGAAGCACAAAAAAGCCACUCUCGCUAUCUUGAUGCCCAAGCACGCUUAAAUAUCCCGGAACUUGAAUUCUGGCAGGACUAUCUAUGCUUACGGAUUGAAGGCGCGGGUAGGGAAGACCGAUUGAAAUUUGUCUAUAGCCAUCUGUUGGAAAAGGAUUGGGAGGCUGAAGCAUGGUUUGAACUUGGCACCUCGAACCGCGACUAUGAAAUAUUUCAUUCACGACCCAAACUGGACAGGCAUUCUCUGGAUCGGGAGCUAGACAUGCUAAAUGAGGAUCGCGAUUUUGGCGCUUUUUUGAAAAGAAUGCGAAAGCUAUUCGUCGAAGUCUUGAAAUAGGAUCCAGCCUGCGUCGUUAUGAGUUUACGCAUCCAUUAGUUUUGAAUCGCUAUAAUCCUACGGUGUCUAACUUUUGGCGAAUGUGAAUUACACCCAGUUCGUACACUAUAGAAAUACAGCGCUACAAACGAUUGGCUGGACACAGAAGUCAUUCAACUUGAACUAUUGCUAAUAAUCUCGUUAUUUAGCGAAGACGGUAGG